AUGGCCAUGGGAAGCCAGUGCAGGACCUCCCAUGAUGGCUACAAGACUGGAGUGGCUCUGAGCUGCGAGGACCACCAAUCUUUGCUUUUCUUUUCUUCCAGGCAGCUCCACACUCCCACCAACCUGUUCCUCCUUUCUCUUGCUGUCUCAGACUUCCUUGUUGGGCUGCUGCUGAUGCCCAUUAGAAUCCUGCUGACUGGAGGCUGCUGGCUUUUGGGAAGCCUCAUGUGUGCUCUCUUUAACUACACCUCUUUUCUCCUUACAUCUGCCUCAGUAGGAAACAUGGUGCUCAUAUCAGUUGACCGAUAUAUAGCCAUCUGUGACCCUUUGAGUUACCAUGUUAAAGUGACACAAAGCAGAGUUCAAAUCUGUAUCUGUCUGUGUUGGGGCUGCUCUGCGUUUUACAAUAGUGUGAUUAUGAAGGACCAUUUGAAAGAUCCAGACAGAUUUAACUCCUGUUAUGGGGAGUGUGUACUUUUGAUUGAUUUUCUAGUAGGAACAUUUGAUGUCGUACUCACAUUUUUUGCUCCUAUUACAGUUAUUGUAGUUCUGUACAUGAGAGUGUUUGUGGUGGCUGUGUCUCAGGCUCGAGCCAUGAGGUCUCAAACUGCAGCUGUUAGUAUACAAGGCUCAGUUCGCAUAACUGCUAANUCUUGA